AUGGUUGACUCCGACUCAGACAUUUUGAAUGCAAUUGAAGGAAUUGCAAGUGUCAAGUUCGAAUGGUACCAACCUAACCCUCAAGCAGUCAGACAACAUGCUGGAUACUUCCCCUUCAUAAAUAAGUCUGACAUUGACUUGACAAGGUAUGGAAUUUACAAUUCAAUUGAAACAAUUGUCAAUGAACCUUGCAUUCUUACAUGUCUCAGGAACUCUGGUCUUGUUACAGAUGAGAAGAUGAAGUAUCUUGAGUCAUGUGUGAAGACAAGGUACAUUCUCAGAGGUCAAUUGGCAAAAAUUGCACCGUUGGCAAAUGUCAAUAUCCGAGUCAACAUACCUACAGCUAAAGGUUCUUCACAUGACGACUAUGUUGUUGACAAAGACUUACCAUGGUUGAAGAUUGUAAUUGUCCACAACCACUUCAUGUUGAACGAAAGUCUUACAAACCCAUUCUUUGGUAAAAGUAAGUGCAACAUUGUCAGAGCUGUCAACAUUCUUUUCAAGAAAGGUUUGUUGGAACCAAUUCCAGAUGACAAGCUGACAGAAACUUUUGUACCAAAAGACGAAACAAACUUUUCAUUGUUAGCAAGACCAAAAGUUGUUCCAGACAAAGUUCUAGUACAAAAGAAGUACACGGUUCCACAAGGGGUUGGUAUGUUCAGAUACCAACCUGAACCAGAAGAACUUCCAAUGAGGUUGCAAGAACUUCAAGAUGCUAUAAACAAACUUCCAUUGAGACAUCCAAUUGACGUCAAAUUAUAUUGGAGAGCAUCUGAGUUAGGUCAGAAGGUUUUAUAUGA